CUUCUCUUUCGAUUUCGUUCCUCUUCCCCAAUCCAAACCCCAUGACUGCCGAGACGCUCUCGCAGCUCCCAAACGGCGCCGUCGUCGCUAACGGCGAUCUGAAUCCUCUCUCCGACGCAUCCGACGGCGCCGCCGUCAAGAAAUCGAGGGAGAGCGAACGACGCCGUCGGAGGAGAAAGCAGAAGAAGAAUCGUAAAGCUUCUCAGUCCACCGCCAGUGACGUCAGCGACGGCGAUGAUGUGAAGGAGAACAACGAUCCUCAACAGGUUGUUGAGCAAGUUGAAAUCGAAUAUGUUCCGGAGAAAGCUGAGCUAAAUGAAGAAUUGGAUGAGGAGUUCAGAAAAAUUUUCGAGAAAUUUACAUUCAAGAGUGCUGCGGGUGUCGAGGAGGAAAAGAAAGAUGAGGCUCAAGAAGGAGCCACAAAGAAGAAGGCUGACUCAGAUUCUGAAGAGGAGGAACAGGAUAAUGAGCAAAAAGAGAAAGGCGUAUCAAACAAGAAGAAAAAGCUUCAACGUCGAAUGAAGAUUGCAGAAUUGAAACAGAUCUGUGCAAGGCCUGAUGUUGUUGAGGUGUGGGAUGCAACUGCAGCUGAUCCUAAAUUGCUGGUCUUUUUGAAAUCGUAUCGGAAUACCGUACCGGUGCCAAGGCAUUGGUGCCAGAAAAGGAAGUUUUUACAGGGUAAACGUGGUAUCGAGAAGCAACCAUUUCAGCUUCCUGAUUUCAUUGCUGCAACUGGAAUUGAGAAAAUUAGACAGGCAUACAUUGAAAAAGAAGAUAGUAAGAAGUUGAAGCAAAAGCAGCGAGAACGCAUGCAGCCAAAGAUGGGCAAAAUGGAUAUUGAUUAUCAGGUUCUGCAUGAUGCCUUUUUCAAGUACCAAACUAAGCCAAAGCUCACAACUCUUGGUGAUCUGUACCAUGAAGGGAAAGAAUUUGAGGUAAAAUUAAGGGAGAUGAAGCCAGGCAUGCUGUCACAUGAACUGAAAGAAGCUCUUGGUAUGCCAGAUGGUGCUCCUCCACCAUGGCUCAUAAAUAUGCAGAGAUAUGGGCCUCCCCCAUCAUAUCCACAUUUGAAAAUCCCUGGACUCAAUGCUCCAAUCCCCGCCGGCGCUAGCUUUGGUUAUCAUCCAGGUGGCUGGGGAAAGCCUCCUGUUGAUGAAUAUGGCCACCCAUUGUAUGGAGACGUUUUUGGCGUUCAGCAACAAGAUCAACCUAAUUAUGAGGAAGAGCCGGUUGAUAAGACGAAACAUUGGGGUGAUUUGGAGGAAGAGGAAGAGGACGAAGAGGAUGAUGAUGAAGAGGAAGAACCGAUGGAGGAGGAAGAAAUAGAGGAUGGUUUUAAAUCUGUUGAGACCGAUGUUACAAGUAUUCCUGCUGGCGUUGAGACACCUGAUGUCAUUGACCUUCGCAAGCAGAGAAAGGAGCCUGAAAGGCCUUUAUACCAAGUACUUGAAGAGAAAGAAGAGAGGAUUGGUUCAGGGACAUUGCUUGGGACGACUCACACUUAUGUUGUUGGUAGUGGCACACAAGACAAAGCAGGAGCUAAAAGGGUGGAUCUACUAAGAGCUCAGAAAGCAGAUAAAGUGGAUGUCACUCUCCAACCUGAAGAAUUGGAAGCUAUGGAGAAUGUCUUGCCUGAAAAGUAUGAGCAAGCAAGGGAAGAGGAGAAGCUGCGAAAUCAGCGAGAGGAUUUCAGUGACUUGGUUGUGGAGCAUGAGAAGAAGAGGAAGCGUAAGCAGGAAAAGGAAGGGAAAUCGAGCAAAAAGAAAGGAGACUUUAAGUUUUAGGGUUUGGUCAGGUAUAAUUGUAUUCGCCAGACAUGAGAGAUCUGAGUUCUAUCAAGUUUUGCAAGAUGUCGAGCAUGAUGUUGAGAUUUAACGAGCCCGUAUGUUUGAAUCCCAGACGUAUUGGAUAGUAUUGAAAAAUCUGAUAUUAACCUUUGGUGUAUGAUCUUUUUAUAUAUGAUUAUUCACUUUUCUGC